AUGAACUUCCACUUGCCAGGCGCUCAUGGCGCGCCCCCCUCCCCGCAGGAGGGGCCGGGCAGGAGGCGGCGGCGGGGCCGCUGCCGGGCGAGGAACGAAGCCGCCCUGCACAGCCUGCGCAAGAGCCGGCGGGUGAAGGCGAACGACCGGGAGCGGAACCGCAUGCACCACCUCAACGCCGCCCUGGACGAGCUGCGCAGCGUCCUGCCCAGCUUCCCCGAGGACACCAAGCUGACCAAGAUCGAGACGCUGCGCUUCGCCUACAACUACAUCUGGGCCCUCUCCGAAACCCUGCGCCUGGCCGACCAGCGCCUCCACGCCGCCCCGCGGGAGCGGCUGCUGCCCGGCUACCUGAGCCCCGCCGCCCCGCCCAGCCCCGGCAGCGACGCGGGCUCCUGGAGGUCCGCGGGCUCCUCCUUCUCCGCCUGCGCCUCCAACCCCAGCAGCCCGGCCACCUCCGAGGACUAUGGCUACGGGCCCACGGAGCCCCUCUUCGCCGCCUGCCACCGCCUGCCCCCCGGGGAGCUGCUGCUCAGCGACCCCUGCUGCGCUCGGUUCCCCCAGGCGGAUGCUGCCGUGUGAACCAACCCAUGCGCAGGCCGCCUGGACCGCCUCCUAGCGUCGCGCUUUCGGUGGGGGCGGGCAGGCGGCGCCCCCUAGGACCGGGGGCGAGCGGUGUGUGACCGCCCAGGAGCACCGCUGGGCGCUGGAGGCAGAGAGCCCUGCCCCUCUGCAACCAUCGGGCUAUAAUCCUUGGGUAGGGCAGGGCGUGAGCUGGACGCUGCUCGCCUUCCCAAGCCGCCCCCAGCCUCCAAGGGCAACAGGAGCCAGCUCAUGGUGGGGUGGGGAUGGGUUUUUUGUCCUUCUCCUCCCCCCUUUGCACUUUUCUGAACUCCACAAACUCGCCUUUGUUGCUUCCCUUCCCACUGAUCGGCGCCCCCGCUUCAAUAUGAUUUAGAAAGGGGAAGAAAAGGGACAGAUUUGCUGCUGCAGACGAGGUGAAAAGUCAAUUUUACAAUUUGUAGAACUCAAAUGAAGAAAAAUGAGCAUGAAAAUUUGGUUUGAACGCCCUGACAAUACAAUGAAAAGGCUUAAGGAGUUGAUCCUGCCGGGUGCACAGCACUCCCUGCCGGGCGCUCAGCGCGUGUAACUCCCUUUGACUCCAAUAACAGAGGAGAGGGCUCAGCCUGUCCCCCAGGGCGUGUUCAGCUGAGCACCUGGCAGGAUCAGACCCGAAAGACAAGGCGCUAGAUUCAUGCAUUAUGGAUCUCUGACCUCCAGCACUGCUGUCUUGCUUUAAGAGCAGGACUAAACGGAGUAUUCAGGAACUGGGCCUGGCAUUCGUUUAAUUUAUUCGAGAUGUUUCAUUCAUAUGAAAAUUGUAUUUUUGUACAGAAAGAGCUUUAUUCUGUUGUC